UGUUUCUUUUUAUAGAAAGCUGCUAGUGAAUCCACUCAAGGGCUGGACUUUGCCACGAUCUUAUUCACCUAGUGUCACCAACAGUCCUCAAUACCACGUGGACAGAAUCCUCUUGCCCGGCUCAGCCCCAAUGCUACUCUGACCUCCACCAUACACCCGGCAGACAUCAGGCACACAGGUCAGGAACCCCAGGUCGGCUCCACAGCAGGCCAGGCUCCGCCCUCCAGCCUCUGAGCUCAAGGCCUCCAUGGCCGCGACGCUGAGCCUGGAGCCCGCGGGCCGCAGCUGCUGGGACGAGCCGCUGAGCAUCUCCGUGCGCGGCCUGGCCCCCGAGCAGCCCGUCACGCUGCGCGCCGCCCUGCGCGACGAGAAGGGCGCGCUCUUCAGCGCCCACGCGCGCUACCGCGCCGAUGCCCACGGAGAGCUGGACCUGACGCGCGCGCCCGCGCUGGGCGGCAGCUUCGCGGGGCUCGAGCCCAUGGGGCUGCUCUGGGCCAUGGAGCCCGAACAGCCUUUGCGGCGCCUGGUGAAGCGCGACGUGCAGACGCCCUUCGUGGUGGAGCUGGAGGUGCUGGAGGGACACGAGCCCGAGGGCGGGCGGCAGCUGGCGAAGGCGGUGCACGAGCGUCACUUCAUGGCCCCUGGGGUGAGGCGCGUGCCCGUGCGCGAGGGCCGGGUGCGCGCCACGCUCUUCCUGCCUCCAGGCAAGGACCGGUCCCCUGGCAUCAUCGACUUGUUUGGAAGUGGCGGUGGCCUGUGUGAAUACAGAGCCAGCCUCCUGGCUGGGCACGGCUUUGCUGUGCUUGCUCUGGCUUAUUUCCGAUUUGAAGACCUCCCUGAGUAUUUGAGGGAUGUGCGCCUGGAGUACUUUGAAGAAGCCUUGGCCUUUAUGCUGCAGCACCCAAAGGUGAAAGGCCCAGAUAUCGGGCUUCUCGGUUUCUCCAAAGGCGGUGACCUGUGCCUCUCAGUGGCUACCUUCCUGAAGGACAACAUCACGGCCACUGUCCUUAUCAACACCUGUGUGGCCAACACAAUGGUUCCUCUGUGCUACAAAGAUCUUGUUGUUCCUGAGCUUGCCUGUGACCCAACAAAACAAAAGACCACGGCGUCAGGCCUUUUGGAUUUGGUGGAUAUUUGGAACAAUCCGCUGGAGGAACCCAACCGCCAAAGUCUUAUUCCCUUGGAAAAGGCCCAGGGACCCUUCCUGUUUAUUGUGGGCUUGGAUGACCAUAAUUGGAAGAGUGAGUUUUAUGCUCAUAUAGCCUGUGGACGUCUCCAAGCCCAUGGGAAAGACCGACCCCAGAUAAUCUGUUAUCCAGACACUGGCCACUGUGUUGACCCACCGUAUUUCCCUCCUUCCAUAGCAUCUGUGCACGCGACGUUUGGUGUACCAAUAUUCUACGGCGGUGAGCCAAGUGCUCACUCAAGGGCACAGGUGGAUGCCUGGCAACAAAUUCAAACUUUCUUCCAAAAAUAUCUCAGUGGUGAAAAGCCUGUCAAGAGCAGCAAAAUGUAGCGUUGCAAUUAUAUUGAGAGCUCUAAUCACACCAUGCGGAUUCUUUUUAGACUUCCAGGGCACUGAGGG